AUGUGGACCACGCUGCUGCUGCUGGUGGCCCUGGGCACGCUGGCGCUCGGGCUGGUAGCCCACCGGCUGCUGGCCCCGGCCGGCAACCCCUUCGCCAGGCCCCCCCCGGGCCCCCCCCGGCCGCUGGUGACGGACCCGCGCGCCCGCGACAAGGUCCUGAAGCGGGGGUUCAGCACCCACCGGGUGCCGCCGGAGCUGGACGCCGUGGUCAUCGGCAGCGGCAUGGGGGGCCUGGCGGCGGCGGGCACCCUGGCCAAGGCGGGCAAGCGGGUGCUGGUGCUGGAGCAGCACGACCAGGCCGGCGGGUGCUGCCACACCUUCCAGGAGCGCGGCACCGAGUUCGACGUGGGCAUCCACUACGUGGGGCAGAUGCACGAGGGCAGCAUGCUGCGCGUGGCGCUGGACCAGCUGACGGACGGGCAGCUGUGCUGGCAGCGCCUGCCCGACCCCUACGACGAGGUGUGCCUGGGGCCCCGGCGCUACCAGCUCCGCGCCGGCAAAGCCGCCUUCGCCGCAGCCCUGGAGGAGCAGUUCCCUGCCGAGCGGGCGGCCAUCGGGGAGUUCAUGAGGCUCUCCAAGAUGGCGUCGCGGCACGUGGCGCUGCUGGCGGUGCUGAAGAUGGUGCCGCGCUGGCUGGCCGCCCUCCUGGUCCGCACCGGCCUCAUCUACCGCGUCUCGCCCGUGUUCCGCAUGGCGGCUGCCAGCCACAGCGAGGCCGUGGCCCGGCUGACGGCCGACCGCGACCUGCGCGCCCUGCUCAGCUACCUCUUCUACGGCACGGCCCCGCGGGACUCCAGCUUCCUGGUGAACGUGCUGAUGGUGCACCACUACCAGCGGGGCGCCUGGUACCCGCGGGGGGGGGCCAGCGAAAUCGCCUUCCACGCCGUGCCCCUCAUCGAGCGCGCGGGGGGGGCCGUGCUGGUGCGCGCCCCCGUCACCCGCAUCCUCGUCUCCUCCGCCGGCACCGCCGUGGGGGUGGUGGUGCAGAAGGGGCCGAGCGAGGAGGAGGUGGAGAUCUUCGCCCCUCUCGUCAUCUCCGACGCCGGCAUCUUCAACACCUUCGGCAAGCUGCUGCCCCCCCCGCUCCGCAGCCACCCAGGCAUCCGCUCGCGCCUGGCCAUGGUGCGGCACGGCAUGGGCUCCUUCCUGGUGUUCGUGGGGCUGCGGGGCAGCGCGGCCGAGCUGGCCCUGCCCCCCACCAACUUCUGGAUCUACCCCCACAACGACCUGGACGCCAUGAUGACCCGCUACGCCGCCCUGAGCCGCGAUGACGUCCCUGAUAACCUGGCCAUGAUGUUCAUCACCUUCCCCGCCGCCAAGGACCCCACCUACGAGCAGCGGCACCCAGGCCGGUCGUGCAUGACCAUCCUGACCAUGGCGCGGUACGAGUGGUUCGAGGAGUGGGCCGGGACCCGCGCCAAGCGCCGUGGCCCCGACUACCAGCGGUACAAGAUGGCCAUCGCCCAGCGGCUGCUGGAGCGGGCACUGCAGCGCUUCCCCCACCUCCGGGACAAGGUGGAGUUCGUGGAGGCGGCGUCGCCGCUCACCAACCAGCACUACCUGGCGGCUCCGCGCGGGGAGAUGUACGGCACCGAGCACGACGUCGCCCGCUUCAGCCCGGCCGUGGUGGCCGCCAUGCGCGCCGAGACGCCCGUGAAGAACCUCUACCUGACGGGGCAGGACGUGUUCAGCUGUGGGCUGGCGGGGGCCCUGCACGGGGGGCUGCUGUGUGCCUCUGCUGUCCUGGGCCGCCUGCUCUACCUGGACCUGCUGCUCCUCAAGAAGAAGAUCAAGCGGCGCCGGGGCCGGCAAGCGGCGUGA